CCAAUGGCUUCUAUCAUGAUUCCACUUAAAUAGCUUAUCAUAUCCUUUUUUUAUUGUUAUUGGAUCUGGUUUAGAUUUGGAUCUAAAACUAGAUAACCAAUAACUAUUGUUAUUGGGGUAUUGGAUACUAAAAUCUUAAUCAGCUCCCAUUAUGAUCCAAUAUAAAAUUCCCAUUGAACAAACUUGCCCCUAAUUGACCUCCUUACAUGGCCGAAGAAAUUAGCAAAUGGGAAUGGCACCAGUUGGAUUUCUUCCGCUAGGGUUCCAGAUUCACCUCUCUCACCGUCGGUUGAUCCAGAUUUGGGUGGAAAUGUCGACGAUGGAGCACCUCUUCAUGCAGAUUUUCAAGCGGAAGAACUGGAUCGAGGACCAGCAGGCAGCAGAUCAAGUCCCACGUGCAAUCUCUGGCCUACAACCUCCUCGCCGACGGCGCCCGUCCUCCUCCUUGGCUAUGGGCCAUGGAGUCGGCUGAACCUGGUUGCCCUAAUAUUGAAGGUAUUCGAUUUCUUUCUCCCUCGCGUUGGGGUUCCUAGGAUUUUGAGCCAAUCCGAUUCUUUCUGGAGAAGUUUCUAAAUUUCUUCGAGAUUUCUUAUUACUGAAUCGAGAGUUUGGGAUUUAGGGUUUUGUUGUGAAUUUAAAGGAAAGGGGGCUUUCUGGUUUUUGAUUUGAACUCAUUGUAGCCUAAAGGUUUCUUGAAUUGGUCAUAGGGUUUUCAUAGGUUCAAUAUACUACUACGAAUUUAAAGCUCUGGCAUUCUGGUUCUUUCUUGUGUUUUACUUGGUGUCUGGAACUAUGGUAUUGUGUGUUUCCGGUGUAGUAUGUCUUCCUCCUCAGAUUCUUGAAAUAUUGGCCAUAAUUAGCUUGAAUUGUUUCCGAUAGUUGCCCGAGAGUUCUGAUUAAUAUGUAUUUAGCGCUGAUUAUUGUAGAAAGCAAUCCUUUUUCUUAGUUCCUUUUGUAGGGUAGGUUUUAGGUGCUUGAUCCAGGAAUGUUUUCUUUAAAUCUUUAAUUUUUUGCUCAUGUUGCACGGUUUUAUAGGACAACUUGUCCUCUGGGUUACCGGAAGCCACAAGUAUCGUUAAGUACUCAACACUGCUUGAUUUUGUUCAGCACUGGAUUUGGACAGCCGUCUAUACCUCUCUGAGUACCGCUAACAGUUACGGUCAUUACUCUUCAAAACUUGUGGUGCUUUGGAUUCAUAGUUUUAUUGUUUUUCAGAAUAAUGCAGGAAUGCAUCGUUGAGAGCUCUGCUGUGCUGUAGCACAGACCAGUGUACCACAGGAUGUGCCUCUUUUUGGAUUACCUUUUCCCUGGCAUCAAGGUUUUAGGAAAAUGCAACAGAGUUGUGACACCCAUUCUUUAAGUUUGAUGAGUGUGUAGCUAUUGGUGGCCUGCUGCCUUGAGUGAAUCAGCAACGGACGAUGGAGCAUGAUAGAAAUGUGAUCUAAAUGCAUCUGUUAGCCUAAGCCUUUAUCCAGGUGCAAGACACCCAGCUUUGUAUUGAGCCACUUUGUCUCACCAUCUGAGCUAAUAGUAUGAACCUUAUCCUUUUCUGUGCAUGGUGAUCCGUGUCAGGGGUGAAGCCAGACUGACCAGGUUUGUGCCUUAACCAUUCCAUACCAUCGAACGUGACAACCCCCGUAAAAGCCAGAAUAGUGGGUUAGUUGUUGAAGGGGACCACGAAGGGCAACCGAUUGACUUCUACGGUUACUUGCAGCAAGUAUUCUAUAUUAAUGACACUGCAGAGAGACGUGGCAAUUGGAAAGUUGUUCAAAGAUUCAAGCAUCGAGGACAAGUUCAAAAUCUCGGAUGAUUAUCAUGGCAAUCUAGUAGCUCAGCAAGCUGUCCACAGAAAAUGCUACAAUAUUCACAGAAAUUGGAGGCACAAUAUGAAAUUGCAUUACAAGCAUCUUAAGAACGUCUUAAAUGUGGACCCUUAUAGUCAUCCAUACGAACAUGUGACUCAAGAGGAUUGGUGCCACUUAGUUGACGAUGUGUGGAAAAGCAAAGAACAUAAGGUGAGAUCAAAAGCUGGCAAAAAGAAUAGGAAAAAGCUUGAGUACAAUCAUUGUUCAGGAUCUCGGUCAUUUGUUGCAACAAUGACUAUACCGCCGGAGUUUAAUGGUUGUGAAAAUCUUGAAUUUCCAGAAUUUUAUAAGAAAACUCAUACCAAGAAGAACAAAGAGUGGAUUGAUCCUAUUUGCGCCGUAAAACAUUCAAAGAUGUUGAGCUUGCGAGAAGAAUCUUCCCAAUCCGGUGUGUGAUUAACAUCAGAGGAGAUGUCUAGGCAGGCACUUGGAAAAAGGAAGAGAUACAUUUUUGGAUUUGGGGUUGGGCCGAAGCCCUUUUUAUCUUUUUCCACACCUAGUCGUGUGUCACAAGACCAUAUUGGGGAGUUGCAGAAACUUAAAGCUGAGAUGGAGGAGAUGAAGAUGGAGCGUGAGGAGCUGCGGAGGCAAUUGGAGUAGGAGAGGAGAGAGCGUGAGGAGGAAAGGAAAGAGCGAGAGGAAGAACAGAAGCAAAUUGCACAUUUUACAAGUUUGGUGACAGAGUUCUUAAAGGAAAAGACUCAAACGCACAAGUCAUCUAUCCAUCAUGAUAGGGCCAUGUAUUCAACUGGUGGUACAAAUACUCGAUACAUGGUGGAGUUAUGAGCAUGUGAAAUCUAGUUUUUGGUACAUGGAUAGCUUUUGUUCAGAUGAUCAUGGUGGAGUUGUCUACAAGCAGAAUCCAGUUUUUGGUAUAAGAAUAUUUUUGUCUACAUGAUGGUUGUUUGGAUGAAUAGCAAGAUCAGAUAUUUUGGAAUUUUUAAUUUACAUUUUGAUGUAUUUGGUGAUGAUUAUCACCUUAACAUAUGGUAUGAAUGAAACAUUGUGAUGUAUGGUUAAUAGGUAUGCUUGACUUUAGACUUAUAGAUGAUGAUAUUUAUAAUAAAUGAUUAUGGAUUCUCCAA